AGGUGCAGCGUCCCAGGGCACGCUCCAUCUCUCGAGCACAGAGCACUGCACCCUCUCAUCCGCCGGUGCUUGCUCCUCCUCCCCACUUCAGCUAGUAGCCUCUUCUUGAGAGAAUCAUCAGGAAGAGGCCGGGAUAUCGAGGGAUCGAGCAAGAUGAUGAGCGGCAAGGCUCUCCUUGUCGCCGUGCUCUUGGUGGGCGUCGCCUCCCGGUGCUCCGGCAGCAGGGGCCUGCAGGGGGGUCACAUCGCUGAGCAGAAGUACGGUGGCGGUGGGUACGGUGGCGGCGGCAGCGGAUACGGUGGUGGCGGUGGGUACGGCGGAGGUGGUGGCGGUGGGUACGGAGGCGGCGGUGGUGGUGGCGGCGGCGGCGGCUACACGCCCGGCUACUCCGGCACGGGAACCUGCGACUACUGGAAGAGCCACCCGGACGCGAUCAUCUCGUGCAUCGGGUCGCUGGGCAGCAUCCUGGGGUCCUUUGGCGACGUGUGCAGCGCCUUCUUCGGGAGCAAGCUGCAGACGCUGCAGGACGCGCUGUGCAACACCCGCACCGACUGCUACGGCGACCUCCUCCGCGAGGGCGCCGCCGCCUACCUCAACUCCGUCGCCUCCCAGAAGUACGCCUACACCACGCAGCAGGUCAAGGACUGCAUCGCCGUCGCGCUCACCUCCGAGGCCACCGCCGCCGCGCAGGCCGCCAUGUUCAAGAAGGCCAACUACGCCUGCCACUACUAAUCGAUCGAUGACGAAGGAGCGAGUUGCUUCCUCCAUCUAUCAUUUCGUCAGUGUAGCGUGCUUGUUAAAUAAGAUGUGUGUACGUGACUGUGUUUGUGUGUGUGUCCGAUCCCCAGCUAGCGUCGCCUUCGUUUCUGCGUCGUCGUCUUCCCGUGACUAGCUCCCAUGAAUCCAUGAGGACGCAUGACGCCAUGCCGUCUCGUUGUCUGCUUCUUCAGUAGUGAUGAUGCCUGCUUCCUUGUCGUUGUUGCUGAUGUAAUGAGAAAUAAGAUGAGUUGGUUGGUGGUGAAAACGGUGAUUGUUCUUACGAAA